AUGUUGACUUUGUACCAACAGGACAGGCAGGAUCCCGUGGUUGCACAACGCAAAUCCGACUACAAACCGCCGACGAGUAAGCCCGACUACCUGGCGAAAUAUGACAGAGAUCGCGUUCAUUUACUUGUACCUGCGAAUCGCGCCGACGCUCGAAUGUGUCGAACACUGACGAGCGCUCUCAUCAACGACUACCCAUCUCCGACAAUUAUCAACUGGGAGACAAAGGAGGGUGACGAUUCUAUGAAUGGGUACGAUAUGACGACCGGAAAGAACUGGGGCGUUCUAAAAUAUCUGCGAAAUCUGCCUGCAGAAGCGGACCAAGACUUGGUCAUCAUGGUGGAUGCAUACGAUGUCAUCUUUCAGCUGCCGUUGGAUAUUGCACUGCAACGGUACGAAGCGGUAAAUGUCGAGGCGAAUUCUCGGCUGUCUCAACAACAUGGAGAGAGCCAAGUGCUGCAAUACGGACUGAGACAAAGCAUCAUCAUGGGCGCCGAGAAAUACUGCUGGCCGCUAGACCACAGGCACCCAGCCUGCUGGGCAGUGCCUCCAUCGCCUAUUCCGGCGAACGCAUAUGGGAGGCAAACAGACAAGGGAACAGCAACUAACCGACCUCGCUGGUUAAAUUCAGGGACCGUCAUGGGUCCCGUAGGGGAUCUGCGCCGGUUGUACGAGUGGGCCCAUGUACUCUGGAUGGCCUACGACACCAAAGGCGGCGAUCAGGAUUACUUUAGCAAUAUAUACGGCCGACAGGAGCUAUCACGCCAAAGGUUGCGCGGCAGUAAAGAAUGGUUAUUUGGCUUUGGUGAGCGGUUCAAGGAGAAGAACCUCAUUUGGCCACACAUGGAGAAGCAACAUACCGACUACCACCUGGGCGUUGAUUUGACCAGCACGGUAUUCCAGCUACUUAACAAGGCAGUUGGUGACAUGUCUCCGGUUGUCCACAGAGACAGCAACGAUGUGGAAGCCAAGGACCGCAAACAUGGGACGUCGGCUGUUUAUGGUUCCAAGUUCCCAUUUCCUGACGACUUGCUAGCAUCGCCAAUGCCAAAGGGAACUCAAAUCGAGGCAUCAACAAACAUUACCUGGCUUGACGUGACGCUACUCACCAAUUUCCACGCGCGCUCCAUUCCUGCAAUCUUGCACUACAAUGGCGAUGUGAAAUCCGGCGCCGACAAGGCGUGGCCGUCGCAGUGGUGGACAGGUCGCGGGCGAGAUAUUCUUCGCCUGAGGACGAGCAAUCCCAACUUUGGCAUUGCUACCGAUGCUAACAAAACGCUGCAGUGGCAGGAUAUUUGCGGACAGUUUGAGAAUAAGUUGAUUGGGCCUUCUUGA